AUGAAAAGGCUAAGUUUGAGUGUAUUUGUUUUUUGUUGUUUUACAGAAGCUAAUACCAUGAUACUCAAAGAUCUAAUGGAAGAAAAGAAGUUGAAUUUUAACCAGCCACUUUUAUCAGUGAGGCGUUGCUCAUCAACAGUGGCCAAUGGAACACACCGCAGAAGCAAAACUGAUAAUUCAUUAGACAGACUUAAACCUCUUCCUGCUUACAAAUCAGAGUUAAAGUCAGUUCCUGUGAGAAAUGCUGGAACUGUUCCUUUUGAAUGGGAGAAAGCCCCAGGAAAACCCAAAGAUGAAAGCAAGUUACAGACACAAGCUGUUGAGCAGCCUCCCUUCAUCACUCCAAACUUUCCACUUGGUAGAGUAUCAGAAAUCCAGCAACAAUCAGUUACUGAGAUGAGAACUGGAAGCACCGUUGCCGACUCUGAAAGGGUUGCAUCUUUGGAUAAAAGAGUUAGAAAAUAUUCAAAAGAGGAAAUUAAGGACAAGGAAAGUUCUUAUUCAGAUGAUGGAGAUGAAUCCUAUAAAGAUGCUCUUGACAUACUUUCCAGGAGUGAGUCAUUCUUCACGAGCUGUAGUAUGAGUGGUUGGGAUGAACUAGAGGCUCCAUAUGGGAGUUUCUCAAGUGAUCAACAACUAGCUCGUGAUUUCAUGAUUGAUAGGACAUCUGAAGCACCACUUUAUGUUUCCAGGAAGGCACCAGUUGGACAAGAACAACAAAAACAGGAAAAGAAAGAAGUGAAUGCAGAAACUUCACACCCCCUUAAUCAGCAUAGGCCAAAAGCUUUGCCACAUAACACUCAAGAUAUUGAUAGGGAUGAAAAUGAAGACUGCAAUGAAUAUGAAAAGUGCGCAACUACUACUUGUGGACUAUUUCCUCGCUUCUGCCUUUUGAAUCCAAUGCUUGGAUUAAGAAUGGAUAAGGUUGAAAGAAUGCCAGCUCAUAGAAUGCAAGCUAAAUCGGGUGCUUCUCACAUUGGAUCGACGAAAGAGCAAGCUAGAACUCCUUGUGGCUUUACAGAAGAAAAAGAUAUUUUGGAUAUUCUUGUAAAAUCUAAACAUGGCACUGAUCCACGUCAAAGAGGUUGCAGCAGAAUAUUAUCCAGUGAGAGCACUCAACACGAUUAUGAAAGCCAUGUUCGUGAGAAAACUCUGUAUGUAGAUUCUGUACUUGAGGCCACGUCUCAAACCAAUACCACAGGGGUUGAUUAUGAAACUUCCAGAAGAGAUAGUGGCAUUUACGAUAAUCCUUCAAUAGAUUCAAGUCCUAAAAUGAUUGGAUGUAAGAAAAUGAAUUCAGAAAGUCAAGGGUAUAGCCGGGGAAAAAAUUCAAAUAACCUCAAUCAAGAUUCAGAGGUUCAUUUGAAGAGCCAAUUAUCAGCCAAAUGGGUUGAUAAAAAAUGCACUUUGAACAGCUCAAAGGUGAGAUAUGAUGAAAAGUUAGGCCACCAAGAAACACCUGGUGCAAGCUGUUUUGGACUUCCUCUUGUCCUACCUUCACUAAAAGCUCCAGCAGAGUCUUGGCUUAAGCGCACUUUACCUACGAUUUCCAAAAAGAAGAUGACUUCACAGUCUAACCUUUUUGCAAACCUUCAUGCAAAAUGUCAUACUCCCAAGACAAUAUCAUUGGACGCUAUGGAUUAA